AUGACGAUCACCUCCAGAGCUUACUUUGUCGUCGCGAAAUCUGACUCUGUGACUUCCCAGAGGUGCGCAUCCCGAGCUUCAUCGUCUGGCUCCACUCAUAAUAAUUGGUCUUGUCCAGCAUUGGCCAUGAUGUGCCGCUGCGGAAUCAUGAUGAGACCACCCGCCUUGCGGCGACUCAUAGCGACCGCCGCCACGAGUGGGAUUGAACGCGCUGUCCCUGCUGGCGGAGUCGCGCCGCCGGAAGUGAUUGGCAGGGGCAACGUGGCGCACCAACAAGCCACGACGCAGCGGAAUGCUGCCGCGCCGGCUGCCCCCGGGGCUGCUGCGAGUGCAGACGUUGCCGGCCAGAUCAAAGCGCAGUUUGUUCGGGCUGCGGGCGCCGUCAGGGAGCUUGCGCCGGUUCUUGAGGUUGGGAGGCGGAGCUACCAUUCCCGUAGCUCAGUUUACCACGUUUCAUCUCGGAUGGUGUCAGCAAUUGUCUUGCCGCAUCCGGACCAUGGAGCUGUCGAGCCCUUGGAUGUUGGAGAGGAAAAGGUGAUAGAAGGAAGGAGCUUGUCAUUGACGCUACAGAAGCUAUACAUCUGGGAGAAGAAAUUGUACGAUGAGGUUAAGUUUAAGGCCGGUCUCAAUAGGGAUGUCAUGGGAGUGUCAUGCACAUUAAUUAGGGUGACACAUCAGCAUGAGAACACUUUUUGCAUGAAAUGUUUUGGAAUUGGUGAAAUGAAACGCUGCAUUGUGAAGGCUAGUUUCAUUCAUUGUUUCAUCCCGCUCAAGCUGAUGUGGCGUUUUGGAAAUCAUGUAGUGAAACUUUUGAGUUGGAAACUGUCAACAAAAAUCAGAAUAGCUGUGAGAGUAAUUGCUAAGGUUUCAAAGAAGAUAAACAAAAUAAGGGACGAUGAAUUAUGGCCACAAAUUAAUGCUUUAAUUCAAGGGUUUGUGAGAAUGUGGCAAGAUAAACUGGACUGCUACCAGAAACAAUGUCAAGUGAUAUCAGAUGCGAAGGACUUGGAUUUUGUUUCUGGUGGAAGCAGUCGAGAAUUGGCAAUUGAGCUUGAGCUGGAGUUGAUCAAGUGGAUUGUCCAUUUUUCUUGUUGGGCUGAAGAAAUAGCUAAUGGAGUUCCUCCACAUUCGCCUGGAAGACUGGGUACGCCCCUAGUAUUUGUCAUCUGCAACAGCUGGUCCCAAGCUAUGGAUCGUAUCUCCGAGAAGGAAGUGGUUAACUCUGUGCAAGCUCUUGUGUCUACCGUACGAAAGCUGUUGGAACAACACGUUGCUGAACAAACAGAACAGAUCAUUGCAAUCCGGGAAAGAGAAAAAUGGAACAAGAUAUUGGAAAGGAAGACCCUGGAGAUUAACAAGGAGGCAGACGUCCUGAACAGGAAGCUAGCCCUGGUUCCAGGCAGGCAGAGCCUGCUUCCAAGCACACAUACGUACCAGGUGCACAACCUCGAAGCAAGCAGUUUGCAGUUAAGUAUGCGGCGUGUUGUUUAUGCUCUAGAAAGCUUCGCUUCCAAUUCCCUGAAAGCUUUCGAGGAGACCCUGAGGCAUGCUGAAGAGGAAAGGGCGUCCAGAGAGAAUGCCAAAGCUUCAUAG